AUCGUUCUGCAACAGUCAACAAGUGAACUGUCACUUUCAGUGCACUGUCAAUAAAAAUUUAUUUCACAAUUGACAACAAUUCUUCUCUUUAUUUUCGGUGGUUUUGUGCAAAAAUCUUCUUGCUUUUCAUUUAUUUGCUUUAUAAAAACAACACACAAAAAACUGCAAUGGAUGAUUCAUCGCAAAGACUCAUUGAAGAUUGCUUCCUUCGGCCAAUAUCUGAUGUCAGGACAUCGAACACAGUGGAAGAACCUCAUCCUUCCAAAACAGUUAUGAAGACUGAAUUACAAGUCCUACGACUUGGCGAUGAUUCACAAAAACUCAUAAUGGAAACACUACGUUCCAUUUAUGGUGAUGACUUCAAAUUAAAUGAUUCUUCGAAUUACAAAGAUCGAGGAUCAAAAAUGAAAAAGAGUUAUUGGGAAGACCGCGGCUCUUUAGUGGUACAGAGUAUUUCUAACUUUUCCGCACAGAAUGGCAAACUUGAAGAUCCUUUAGAUCGAUUGCAAAGAUUUGCCAUUGUUAAACUUGAAAACUACGGCUUUCCCGAGUCACAUUGUAUUGAGGCUUUAGAACAUUGUGAAUGGAAUAGUGAUGAAGCUUUAAUUCUGCUUUAUACCAAAUACAUGGGAAUCGCGAAUAGUAAAGAAAACGAUUCCGCUUCAGAAACGUCUAGAGAACUAUUAUUAGAGACGUUAGAAGAUGAGAAACUUGUUCUAGAGUCAAUUUAUGAUAAUGCCUUUCAAGAAAAAGAAAAGAAUCAGAUUUGGAAUUUAAAGUUUGAAAUCAAUCAUCUCCUAGUACAUAGUCCCUCCGAAGAAAGAAAGUUAAAAAAAGCAAAUGAAGCUCAACUUUUACGGGGUAAGGAAAAUAAAGCCAAACCGAAAUGCAAAAACUUUGCCAGAGGAUACUGUAAGUUUGAAUCCAAAUGCAGGUUUUCCCAUGUACUUGACGGGGACACAAGUGGGAAAGAUGGAAGAACAAAUGCUUCUUCAGAUUCUGAGGAAAAAUGGUUCUUUCUUGAAUUUAGAUUUCCUAAAAACAGCAACUAUCCUAAUGAAGCACCUUUUAUAUUUUUGAAAACAACCCUUCACGAUAUUCCUCGACAAAUUCUAUUAAAAAUAUCCCGCAAAUUAUACGAAGAGGCUAAAGCUAUCACUUCUGAUGGUAUACCAUGUGUUUAUACCAUUUCUGAAAUGCUUUUGGAUGAAAAUAUAUCACAAAGUAUAAAAGACGACCAUAAACCAUUUCCCAAUCCAGAAAAAUCCCUAUUUGCCACUGAAAACGAGGUUGAAAAUGAGACCUUACGAGGUCCUUCAAAACCACUGCCAACACACUAUGAAAAAGGUCAAACUGGUAAAUCCGAUGGAUCUAAUUAUUCCGCACAACAAGUUCUUCGCGAAGACAAGGAGUUGAUUAGUAAAUUUAUUGAGAAGCAAACAAAUGAUAAAUACAAAAAAAUGUUGACUGCCAGAAAGAAUCUUCCAGCCUUUGCCAAGAUGACAGAUAUUCUAACCGAAAUUGCAUCAAGUCAAGUUCUGGUGAUAUCUGGGGAAACUGGAUGUGGUAAAAGUACACAAGUACCUCAGUUCAUUCUGGACAAUUGGUUGUAUGAGUCUUCAAAACUGGAACGUGGUGAAAAUCCACCACACGUGGAGAUAGUCUGCACCCAACCUAGACGUCUAUCAGCAAUAGGAGUGGCUGAGCGUGUGGCAAAUGAAAGAGCUGAAAGAGUAGGUCAGUCAGUGGGAUAUCAAAUUCGAAUGGAAAACAAAAUGUCAUCAGCGACGCGGUUACUCUUUUGUACAACUGGAAUUUUACUCAGACGACUCGCCUCAGAUCCUCACCUUUCCUCUGUUAGCCACGUCAUAGUUGACGAAGUGCAUGAGAGAAGUGAAGAAUCAGAUUUUCUUCUUCUUAUUCUCAAGCGAUCUCUAAGAAAACGAAAAGACUUGAAGGUGAUUCUUAUGUCGGCCACUUUGAAUGCUAACUUGUUUUCGGACUAUUUUGGUGGAGCUCCAGUUCUAUCUAUUCCUGGUAGAACUUUUAAUGUUGAACAAUUGUUUCUUGAGGAUAUUUUGGAAAUAAGUGAUUAUGUAAUGGAAUUUGACUCACAAUACUGUCGAAAAAUAAAAAAGAAAGAAGAAGCCGAAAUUAUGCGAGAAUUGGAGAAUUUUGAUGUACAGGCGUUAUCCGAACCACCACCAAAGAAUAUUAAAGAUGAAAAUCUUAACUUGAGCGCGAUAUAUGCUCGAUAUUCAAAUUACUCUAAAAAAACAUGCAAAACGAUUUAUCUCUCUGAACCUAUGAAGAUUAAUCCAGAAUUAAUAGAAGCUGUUUUGAAGUUCAUAGUUUCAGGGGAUCACGACUGGCCAAGAGAAGGUGCGAUUUUGAUAUUCCUUCCUGGACUGCAAGAAAUUCAAAUUGUACAUGAGGCUUUAUCUACGAAUGCAAUGUUUGGCCCCAAAAGUGGCCAAUUUUUGCUAGUGCCCCUUCAUUCAACUCUUACGAGUGAAGAGCAAGCUUUAGUGUUCCGUCCAGCACCGUUGGGUAAGCGGAAAAUUGUUCUCAGUACAAAUAUUGCUGAGACAUCGGUUACAAUUGAUGAUUGUGUUUUUGUUGUGGAUUGUGGAACAAUGAAGGAAAAACGUUUCGAUUCGAAUCGAAAUAUGGAAUCAUUAGAUAUGGUUUGGGAGUCUCGGGCAAAUGCUAUGCAGAGAAAAGGACGCGCUGGACGUGUAAUGCCUGGGGUGUGCAUACAUUUAUUUACCGGUCAUCGGUUUGCGAAUAAUUUUCUGAAACAACCUGUGCCUGAAAUACAUCGAAUACCGCUGGAGCAACUUGUAUUGCGAACAAAAAUUCUACCUCAAUUUGAUGGCAUUAAAGUUUUAGAUGUUCUUGGUCAAACUUUAGAGCCACCAACUGAAGAAAAUAUAAUAUCGGCUGUGACACGUCUUCAGAAUGUUGGGGCACUUGAUGAAGAUCAAAUGUUGACUGCAUUAGGUCAUCAUUUGUCGGCACUGCCUGUUGAUGUUAGAAUUGGAAAACUCAUGCUUUUCGGUGUUAUAUUUCAGUGUUUGGAUAGUGUGCUCACUAUAGCUGCUUGUUUGAGUCACAAGUCGCCAUUUGUGUCACCUUUUGAAAAGAGGAAUGAGGCAAACAAAAAAAAACUAGGUUUAGCUAUUUGUAAUAGUGAUCACUUGACUUGUUUACAAGCUUAUAAGAAAUGGCUAGAAAUAUCAACAAGAAGUCGACAUGCUGGUCGAAACUUUGUUGAAGAAAACUUUCUCUCUAUGAAUUGCUUACAGACAAUAGCUGAAUUAAAGUAUCAGUUCUUAGAGCUCCUUGUAUCUAUCGGUUUCGUGCCGAUCAAUGUGCCACGGAGACGAAAAAACGCCGAAGACACUAUUCUCGACCUUACUGGUCAUGCGUUGAACAUCAAUGGAGAAAAUAAUAGAUUAUUAAUUUCACUUCUUUCUGCGGCUCUAUACCCGAAUAUUGUAAAAAUACUUACGCCUGAAAAAACUUUCAUUCAAACAGCAGCUGGAGCUAUGCCCAAAACUUCAAAUUCAAGAGAUCUCCGUUUCAAAACUUGCUUAGAUGGUUAUGUAUCAAUUCAUCCGAGCUCAGUUAAUUCGGACGUGGGAAAUUUCCAAUCACCAUUUUUGGUAUUUCAUGAAAAGGUAAAAACAUCUAAAAUCUUCAUCAGGGAGUGUUCAAUGGUGCCAAUGUUUCCAUUGGUACUAUUUUCCGGCAGUGACUUACGUAUUGAAUUACAUAGUGGGGAAUUUUUGGUAUUGCUCGAAGAGGGUUGGAUAAUCUUGAAAGCACAAAAUCAUGAAAUUGCCGAAAUGAUUCAAUGCUUACGUAUUGAGCUGUUUAAGCUGUUGGAAGAGAAAAUUAAGGAUCCUUGUUUGAAUUUGAUGCAUCAUGAAAAUGGCCAAAAGAUUAUUCGAGCAAUUGUGCACUUGGUGUCAAAGUAGUCUAAUAAUGAGUACUGUUCCUUGGCUAUUUUUUUUAAUGUUGGAAUGUUUGUAUAUAAAAAUAAAAUAUUUAGUUAUAUUUUUA